AAUGAUUUCAUCUUUUUAUUAUAUAGGUUGUAUGAAACAAAUUAAAUGAGGUUAGAGCAGAACAUGACAACAACCUUUAUUGAAGAUGUCUAUCAACGCAGUAUGAUAAAAGUUUCAAUUCAUUUGACGAAAGAUGAUGUUGACCAACUUGUAUUUUUAAACUCAGAUAUAAAAGAUGACGAUCUAGACAAGAUUACGUCGCCUAUAAAACUAAUACGAAUUUUAGAACAAUGUGGUGUUGUUGGGAUUGGUAAUUUAAAUAAAUUUGCAGAACAACUGCGAGUAAUAAACAAAUCGUUUCUUGUUGACCAACUAAUAUCUGAUGCUGCACUUAGUGAAGUGUCAGUUCGUUAGAAGCUCAAUCUAUCCAAUUUAUUUUAUGAUUUAAAUGAUUAUGAAUAAUUUAUGUAAAAGAAAGAUUUUAUUUUAAUUUA